AUGAGAAAGAUAUUAUCCUCAGCAAUUGCAAUAAGUCUUAGACGUACUCCAUUAGUAGUUCCAAAACGUACAUAACGUUUAGCAGCUACUUUAAUAUCUCUUCCACUAAUAAGAUAUGGCUUUUAAGUAUGAGAUCCAAUAUAGAUUAGACACUAAAUCUUAAUGAUGCCUAUGAAGUUUCAAUAGAAGAUAAUCUAACCGAAGGAGAAAUGAGAGAAGUAUAAGUUGGUCCAAAAAAAGAAGAUGCUGUUUUAGUAUGCAAAGUUGAUGGACAGAUCUAUUGUGUUUCUAAUUCAUGUCCACAUGUAGGAGCUCCACUUUCUGCAGGAUUCUUAGUUGGUGAUAAAGUCAAAUGUCCAUUUCAUAAUGCCAGUUUUUCAGUUAAAGAUGGUGCUCAUGAAGAAGGACCAAUGUUUAGAGGAUUAUAAACAUUCCCUGUCAAAUAAGAAAAUGGAUAAUUAGUUAUAAGAGUAGAAAAAUCAUUAUUAAAUGCUCCAAGAACAUUAAAUAUGGUAACAAAAGGUGAUGAUCCAACACAUGUAGUGAUUGUUGGUGGAGGGUAUAAUUAUUGAUUAAAUUUAUAAGAGUAUCUGGUUAGAGUGCAGCUGAGACACUUCGUUAGGCUGGAUUUAGAGGAAGAAUUACUAUUAUUACAGCUGAGGAUUCAUUACCUUAUGAUAGAACUCCUAUGAGCAAGAUGACAUUUAUGGUUAAAUAAUAGGGUUUGUAAAUUAGACCCUAAUCAUUUUAUGAAUAGUAUGGAAUAGAUGUAAAGACUAAUACUACAGUUGACUCAAUUGAUAUUAAUAAUUAAGAUGUUGUUGUUGGAUAAGAGAAAAUUCAUUAUGAUAAAUUAUUAUUGGCAACAGGUGGUACUGCUCGUAGACCUCAAUUAGAUGGAGUUAAUUUAGGAAAUGUACACACUUUAAGAUAAUUCAAUGAUUUAUAAUCAAUAAGAGAUAAAGCAAAGACAGCAAAAAAUAUAGUAGUUGUAGGUGCUUCAUUUAUUGGAAUGGAGACAGCUUCAGCUAUUAAAAAAGAAUUAAAAGAUUAAGUCAAUAUAAUAGUUGUAGAUAGUACAUCUGUUCCAUUUGAGAGAGUUCUUGGUAAAGAAGUAGGAGGAUCUUUAUAAAAAUUACAUGAAGCUAAUGGAGUUGAAUUUGAAUUGAAUGCUGGAGUCAAAAGAAUUGGUGGAGUUGGUUAAGUAUAAAGAGUUGAUUUAUUAAAUGGAAAAUCAUUAUAAGCAGAUUUAGUUAUUUUAGGAACAGGAAUUCAACCAAAUAAUAAACUUGCUAAAGAUUAAUUAAAAAUAUCUCCAAAUGGUGGUAUUGAAACAGAUGUGUUCUUGAAAGCUGCCAAGAAUGUUUAUGCAUCAGGUGAUAUUUCAAGUUAUCCAUAUUGGGUUACUGGUGAACAUGUUAGAAUUGAACAUUAAAAUGAAGCUGUUAGAUAAGGGUAAGAUAUUUAAUUAAUUUUAGAUAUGUUGCUGCUUUGAAUAUUUUAGGUAGACCAACUCCUUUGACAGAUGUACCAUUCUUUUGGACUAGAUAAUGGGAUAGAACCUUAGCAUAUAGUGGAGUUGGAUAAGGAUUUGAUGAAGUUAUUGUGGAUGGAGACUUAAGUCAAUAAAAAUUUGUUGCUUAUUAUGCUAGAAAAGGACGUGUUGUAGCUUCUGCUAGUAUGAAUACUCCUAAUGUAUGAUAUUUUUAUUUAUUUUUAAGGCUUAAAUGAUUAUAUCUGAAGCAUUAAGAUUGAAUGUUAUGCCAAGUGCUGAGGAUUUAAAGGAAAAGAAGGUCAAUUUAGAUGAUAUUAAGAAGAUUGUCUUAAGCAAAGGAUCAUCUUGCCAUUGUAAACGUGCUGGAUAAUGCUAAUCAUAAUUAUGAGUAUGA